CACGCUUCUUGGCAAACCAAGUAACAUAACCACAACAUUUGUAAUAAAAAGAGUAUUUUAUUGAUACUAUCUUUAAAAUUUGCGCCCAUACAUUCCAUACAUAUUACCUUCAUUCAUGGAUAUGGCGUCAACUAUAUUCAUCUUCAUUCUAACUAUUUUUUUCAGUUACAAUACUUCGGUAGCGACAUCUCGUGGUGGCCUUUUUGAAGCUUCUGCCGUGGAGAAACAUGAGCAAUGGAUGGCUCGAUUCCAUCGUGUUUACACCGAUGAGUCCGAAAAAAGAAAUAGGUUUGCUAUUUUCAAGAAGAAUUUGGAUUUUGUUCAGAGCUUCAACAUGAACAAGAACAUCACGUACAAGUUGGAUGUCAACGAGUUUUCUGAUCUUACGGACGACGAAUUCAGGGCAACACACACAGGACUAGUUGUACCAAAGAGCAUUACCGAAAUUUCAGCAUCAAAUUCCGAGAAAAGGGUGCCGUUUAGAUAUGGUAAUGUUAGUGAUACCGGCGAGAGCAUGGACUGGAGACAAGCGGGGGCUGUUACACCCGUUAAGUAUCAAGGCCGAUGUGGAGGAUGCUGGGCGUUUUCAGCGGUGGCGGCAGUGGAAGGUAUUACAAAGAUUACUAAAGGGCAGCUCGUAUCGCUAUCCGAGCAACAACUCUUAGACUGCGAUAGAGACUACAAUCAAGGAUGUCGUGGAGGGAUAAUGUCGAAGGCAUUCGAGUAUAUAAUCAAAAACCAAGGCAUCACCACCGAGGAUAACUAUCCAUAUCAAGAAUCAGAACAAACUUGCAGCUCAGCAACUACCCAGUCAUCGUCUUUCCGUGCCGCUACAAUCAGCGGAUACGAGACAGUUCCAAUGAAUAAUGAAGAGGCGUUGUUACAAGCGGUGUCUCAACAGCCUGUUUCCGUGGGGAUAGAAGGGUCGGGGGCCGCGUUUAGGCACUAUUCGGGUGGGGUAUUCGAUGGAGAGUGUGGGACGGAUUUGCAUCAUGCGGUCACUAUUGUUGGUUAUGGAAUGAGUGAAGAAGGGAUUAAGUAUUGGGUGCUGAAGAAUUCAUGGGGAGAAACUUGGGGAGAAGAUGGUUUCAUGAGGAUCAAGAGAGACGUUGAUGCACCCCAAGGAAUGUGUGGUUUGGCGAUGCUUGCUUUCUAUCCUCUUGCUUGAAUACAUGUAGAUUGGUUUGUGUGCUUGAAAUAAUUGCAAAAACUCAGAUUAAAAUAUAAAUUCUUAUAAAACAUUAUGGUCCCCAAUCCCCAUGUUUUCAUA